ACAUUCUCUUUCUUGUCUCGUUUGGAAGCAGCCUGAAGGAGAAUUUGUGUUUUCUUUUGGGAUGUUUGAGGCCUCCAUCGGACCAUCGGAAGUCUGAACUUGGAACCCUUCACACUGCAGUUAUGUUGAUCAGAAUGACCUACGGGCUGUCGUGUAAGAAUUAGAGAUCUAUAUCUAAGAUUUUCUCAAUGGCCCAACACCGGAAUGGAAAUGCCAAAAUUGCAACUGGCAUGUCGUCGGGUGCCACCAAUCCGUAUGCCAUCAAUUUGGAAAAUUUCAGUAAGCGGAUAAAAAUGUUGUAUGCACAUUGGAAUGAGCAUAAUAGUGAUUUAUGGGGUUCUUCAGAUGCUCUAACCAUAGCAACGCCUCCGACUUCUGAGGAUCUACGGUACCUGAAAUCCUCAGCUUUGAACAUCUGGUUGUUUGGUUAUGAGUUCCCGGAAACAAUUAUGGUUUUCGUGAAGAAACAGAUACAUUUCUUGUGUAGCCAGAAAAAGGCGUCUCUCCUUGAUGUUGUGAAAAUGUCUGCCAAAGAGGCUGUUGGUGCUGAUGUCGUGGUGCAUGUUAAGCCCAAGAAUGAUGAUGGAGCUGGACUAAUGGAUAGUAUAUUUCAAGCUGUCAAUGCUCAGUCGAACUCCAACCAGCAUGAUGCUCCUGUCAUUGGACACAUAGCAAGAGAGAUUCCCGAAGGAAAGCUUUUGGAGACUUGGGCUGAAAAGUUGAAGAAAGCUAAUUUUGAGCUAAGCGAUAUAACAAAUGGUUUCUCAUUUUUGUUUGCUGUCAAAGACAACAUUGAGCUUACAAAUAUAAAGAAAGCUGCAUUCUUGACAUCAUCAGUGAUGAGGAGUUUUGUAGUGCCAAAGCUUGAAAAGAUUAUUGAUGAGGAAAAAAAGGUUUCUCAUUCUUCAUUAAUGGAUGACACAGAGAAGGCCAUAUUGGAACCAGCAAGAAUUAAAGUAAAGCUGAAGGCAGAGAACGUGGAUAUUUGUUAUCCUCCAAUUUUUCAGAGCGGAGGUGAUUUUGAUCUGAGACCAAGUGCUUCAAGCAACGAUGAGAACCUCUACUAUGAUUCAACAAGUGUGAUUAUAUGUGCAAUUGGAUCUCGAUACAACAGCUAUUGCUCAAAUGUUGCUAGAACUUUUCUGAUCGAUGCCAAUACAUCACAGAGCAAGGCCUAUGAGGUUCUUCUUAAGGCACAAGAAGCAGCAAUCAGUGCUUUGAGAUCUGGGAACAAGGCCAGUGCUCCAUAUCUAGCUGCGCUCUCAGUAGUUGAGAAGGAUGCUCCGGAAUUGGCUGCAAACUUGACAAAAACUGCAGGAACUGGAAUUGGCCUUGAGUUUCGUGAGUCGGGACUUAGCCUUAAUGCAAAGAAUGAUCGGGUUCUAAAACCUGGCAUGGUUUUUAAUGUGUCUCUUGGAUUCCAUAACUUGCAGGCGGAGACCAACAACACAAAGACACAGAAAUUCUCUGUGUUGCUAGCUGAUACUGUUAUUGUUGGUGAAGAGGUCCCAGAGGUAGUUACUGUAUCAAGCUCUAAAGCUGUGAAGGAUGUUGCUUACUCAUUUAAUGAGGAUGAUGAGGAAGAAGAUGAGGGGCCCAAAAUUAAAGCUGAGGCUAAAGGUGGUGGGACUACCUUAUCUAAGGCCACACUUAGGUCAGACAACCAGGAGAUGUCAAAGGAAGAGCUUCGGAGGCAGCACCAGGCAGAACUUGCCCGCCAGAAAAACGAAGAAACUGCCAGGAGACUUGCUGGCGGAGGUUCUGCUGCGACUGAUAAUCGUGGUGCUGGGAAGACUAUAGGUGAUUUGAUUGCUUAUAAGAAUGUCAAUGAUCUGCCCCCGCCGAGAGAUUUGAUGAUUCAAAUUGAUCAGAAGAAUGAAGCCAUCUUAUUGCCUAUUUAUGGAAGCAUGGUUCCUUUCCAUGUUGCCACAUUGAAGAGUGUGUCGAGCCAGCAGGAUAGUAACAGAAACUGCUACAUCCGUAUAAUCUUCAAUGUACCUGGCACCCCUUUCAGUCCACAUGACGCAAACUCUGUGAAGUUUCAAGGGUCAAUCUAUCUGAAGGAAGUUUCAUUCCGCUCCAAGGACCCAAGACAUAUCAGUGAAGCUGUACAGCUGAUCAAAACCCUUCGCAGACAGGUUGCCUCCAGGGAGUCUGAAAGAGCUGAAAGGGCCACCUUAGUGACACAAGAAAAGCUGCAAGUUGCAGGAGCUAAAUUCAAGCCGAUGAGAUUGUCUGAUCUGUGGAUUCGUCCUCCAUUUGGUGGUCGUGGAAGGAAGUUGACUGGCUCACUAGAAGCCCACACGAAUGGAUUCCGGUAUUCUACUUCAAGGCCUGAUGAACGUGUGGACGUUAUGUACAGAAACAUCAAACAUGCAUUUUUCCAGCCGGCAGAGAAAGAGAUGAUAACUGUGCUACACUUUCAUCUGCACAAUCACAUUAUGGUGGGAAACAAGAAGACGAAGGAUGUGCAAUUUUACGUUGAGGUGAUGGAUGUGGUCCAGACGCUUGGUGGUAGUAGGCGAUCUGCCUAUGACCCAGAUGAGAUCGAGGAGGAGCAGCGUGAGAGAGAUCGAAAAAAUAAAAUCAACAUGGACUUCCAGAACUUUGUGAACCGAGUACAUGAUUUGUGGGGUCAACCGCAAUUCAAAGCACUUGACCUUGAGUUUGAUCAGCCCUUGAGAGAGCUUGGCUUCCAUGGAGUACCCCACAAGGCCUCUACUUUCAUUGUCCCUACUUCGAGCUGCCUUGUUGAGCUGAUUGAGAAUCCAUUUGUGGUAAUAACUCUUAAUGAGAUUGAGAUUGUUAACCUGGAGAGGGUUGGUCUUGGGCAGAAGAAUUUUGAUAUGACUAUUGUGUUCAAGGACUUUAAGCGGGAUGUUUUCCGUAUCGAUUCUAUCCCUUCAAGUUCGCUAGAUGGCAUCAAGGAGUGGCUAGACACGACUGACCUGAAAUAUUAUGAAAGCAGAUUGAAUCUCAACUGGCGUCCUAUAUUGAAAACUAUCACGGAUGAUCCAGAAAAAUUCAUCGAGGAUGGUGGAUGGGAAUUUUUGAAUAUGGAUAUCAGUGAUUCAGAUUCUGAGAACUCGGAGUCAGACCAAGGAUAUGAACCUUCUGAUGUACAGUCUGACUCAGUAUCAGAUGAUGAGGAUGAUAACAGUGAGUCAUUGGUCGAAUCUGAAGAUGAUGAAGAAGAAGACUCUGAAGAAGAGUCGGAGGAGGAGAAAGGUAAGACUUGGGAAGAGUUGGAAAGGGAAGCAAGUUAUGCAGACAGGGAGAAAGGGGAUGAUUCAGACAGUGAGGAGGAGAGAACAAGAAGGAAGAUGAAGGCUUUUGGAAAGGCUCGGGCUCCUGACAAUAGGAAUCGUGGUGGCAGUCUUCCCAAGAGGCCAAAAUUAAGGUGAAUGUAUGGGCUCUGUUGGACAGUCUUUGUAAAAGAAAUCCUGGUGGAGGAUUGAAGAGAGGAUCUCUCUCUUUGGUAAGCUAUACAGUAUCAUCAGCACCAGCAGUAGAUGAAGCAGGACAACUUUGUAUAAGAGGCCGUUUCGUUUCCAACAUGUUCUAAAAUGGUUCUAGUUUCCCUUUGUGGCCUUGAACGAACCGAAGUUGUCCUUUCUACUUCUGGGAUUUUUAGAAUCUGUGGCUAGUUAAUGUAUAUGAGAAUGCAGGUUCAGUGCUUGGAAUGUGCUUGAUCGGGUUGUUGAAUUUUCUGGCAGCUUGAACUCAUUGUUAGAAGCAUACCGUUGUUCCAUACAAUGUAGCAAUGACCUCUUAAUGUAUGAUUUUUGAAGAAUGAAUUUUAUUCGAAUCACGCGUUCACACUA